AUGGACGUAUAUGUCCAGAUCACAGGCCUGGACUCAGGAAAGACGCGCGGAGUCAAGGCGCUACUCGAUAGUGGCUGUAGCACCUGCUGCAUCGAUACCGACUACGCGCGGGCAGAGAAGCUGGAUAUCCAAGAACUUCCCCAACCCAUUGUGGCUCGUAACGCCGACAACACCGAAAACAUCAGCGGCCGGAUCACGCAUUACGUUGACCUAAGGAUGAGAAUCGGUCCUCACGUGGAGACACGCACGUUCCUUCUGACGUGCUUGGGGAAGGCCCGGAUCUUCAUUGGUCUUGACUGGCUGACGGAACACAACCCGGAGGUGGAUUGGCAGGAGCAAACGAUGAGAUUCAGCCGAUGCCCAGAACGGUGUCACAUGAGGGGUCACGAGGAACACCAAGCGAUGAUUGACAUGGAUGCAAUCGACCUGGACACGAGCGCACUGGAUCUGGAAGAGGGAGAAUCGAUCCUGCUGAUCGACUUUGGAAAGGAGGUAGAUCUACGGCUGAAGGAAACACCGGCGCAGAAAUUUGCAGAAGAAGCGGAAAAAGAGAAGGAGAGGAUGACCGAAGGGAAAAUUCCGGAUCAAUACCGGGAAUUCGUCAAAGUAUUUGCCAAGGAAUCAUUCGACUCGCUACCGGACCGACGAACCUGGGAUCAUGCGAUUGAGCUCAAACCCGGUUCCAAAGCAGUGGACUGCAAGGUGUACCCGCUAUCACGAAACGAGCAGGUCAAACUCGACGAGUUCCUACAAGAGAACCUGGCCAGCGGACGAAUCAGACCAUCAAAAUCACCCAUGGCCUCAGCAUUCUUCUUCGUCAAAAAGAAAGAUGGUUCACUACGUCCCGUCCAGGAUUAUCGGAAGCUGAAUGAGAUGACAAUCCGAAAUCGGUACCCGCUGCCGCUGAUCUCCGAACUGGUCCAUAAUCUAUGCGGCGCCAAGUUCUUCACCAAGCUCGACAUCCAAUGGGGAUACAAUAACGUACGGAUCAAAGAGGGUGACGAGUGGAAGGCUGCGUUCCGCACGAACCGUGGACUGUACGAGCCCUUGGUCAUGUUCUUUGGUCUCACGAACUCCCCGGCUACCUUCCAAAACAUGAUGAACGACAUACUCCGAGAACUGAUCAACGAGGGACACGUGGUAGUCUAUCUGGACGAUAUACUGAUCUUUACAGAGAACUUGGACGAACAUCGGCGGAUCACGAAACGAGCGCUCGAAUUACUCCAGAAGCACAAGCUAUACCUGAAGCCCGAAAAGUGCGAGUUCGAACGCACGGAAAUCGAAUAUUUGGGUGUAAUUAUUGGACACAAUUCGAUGCGGAUGGACCCAGUCAAGAUCAAGGGCGUGAUGGAAUGGCCGGAACCAAAGAGCGUCAAACAAGUCCAAGCGUUUCUAGGGUUCACAAACUUCUAUCGGCGCUUUGUCCGGGGAUACGCGGAGGUUGCCAAGCCAUUGACACGGCUGACAGGAAAGGCAGGAUGGUCAUGGGGUGCAGAUGAGCAUGCGGCAUUUGAUGGAUUGAAGAAGAGAAUCGCGGAGGAUGCGGUCCUAGCACUGCCAAAUGACACUGGCCAAUAUCGUCUGGAAGCCGAUGCUUCGGAAGGGGCAACAGGAUCAGUUUUGAGCCAAAACCAAGACGGCAUUUGGCGCCCAAUCGCAUUUAUUUCGCACGCAUUGACCGAAACCGAGCGAAAUUACGAGAUCUACGACAAGGAAAUGCUCGCAAUCAUGUUAUCACUUGACGAAUGGAGGCAGUUACUCCUGGGAGCCACGGAAACGUUCGAGAUCUUCACCGAUCAUCAGAAUCUCGAGUACUUUCGGAAGCCGCAGAAGCUCAAUCGACGGCAAGCACGAUGGAUCACGGAGUUGGCGGAGUUCGAUUUCACCUUACGACACCGACCCGGCGCACUCAACCGCAAGGCGGACCUCCUGUCCCGACGAGCAGAUCACGAUCAGGGCAAGAACGACAACAAGGACGUCACGCUACUGAAGCCCGAGUUCUUCCGAUCACAAGAAGUCACAUUCGAGGGACAGGAUCAGCAGCUAAUCGAUGAAAUCAAGGCCAUUCGAUCAAUUGAUGGAAGCGUCAAGGCGGCCGUAGAGAAGUCACUCGUCGGAUGGAAGAAGGAAGAGGGGCUUAUCACGUACCAUGGGAAGCUCUACGUACCAAGGGACGAGGAGUUGCGGGACAAAAUCAUCGGACUACACCACGACACCCCUUUGGUCGGACACGCCGGGAUCAACCGAACACAGGAGAUGGUGGAAAGAAACUACUGGUGGCCCAGGAUGGGAAACCAAAUUCGGAAAUACAUCCAGACGUGCGAGGCGUGCCAACGGACCAAGACCAGGAGAGCAAGGACAGGGAGUUUGCACCCGCAUGCAGUUCCAAACGCGCCGUGGGAAAUCAUCUCCAUGGAUCAAAUCGGACCCUUGCCGGUCAGUAACGGGUAUGACGCAAUUCAUGUGUGGUGUGACACCUUCACCAAAAUGAUCCAUGUCGAACCAAUUAGUACUGACAUCAGCAGCGAAGGAGUGGCACGACUAACCAGGGACCGAGUCUUCCGCUACCACGGGAUCCCUCGCAAGAUCAUCACCGACAGGGAUUCGCGUUACAUCAAGGGCUUCAUGAGGGAGACGAAUCGGAUGUUGGGCGUGGAAAUGAAUCCGGGGACCGCAUAUCACCCGAUCACGGAUGGGCAGACAGAACGCAUGAAUCAGGAGAUCGAGCAUUAUCUCUGCAUCUACGUCAACUACCAUCAAACGGACUGGUCGGAGUGGCUAGGGAUGGCAGAAUUCGCAUAUAACGAUAAAAUGAACACAUCUACCAAAAUAUCGCCAUUCUAUGCGAAUCACGGAUAUCACCCAUGGAAGGGAGUGGAGCAAUGGAUGGAGUCGAGAAACGAGUCGGCGGAGGAAUUUGUAAAAAGAAUGAAAGAAAUACAAGACGAAGCAAAAACAGCACUAGAAAAAGCAAAAGAAAAAAUGAAAAAAUACUACGAUAAACAAAGAAAAGAAGUUCCGGAGUUGAAGGUUGGGAUGAAGGUGUACAUAGAAGGGGAAAAUAUCGAGACGGAUCGACCAUCAAAGAAGAUGAGCAACAAGAGACUAGGGCCAUACGAGAUAUUGGAGAAGGUUGGAGCGGCCGCAUGGAAGCUGGAUUUACCGGACACGGACCGAAGACAUCCGGUGUUCAACGAGUCACUGUUGACACCCUAUCACGAACCACCCCCCCAUCGCCGAGAGAAGAGGCCUGUAGCCAAGAUGAUUGGAGGAGCAGAGGAGUGGGAAGUCGAAGAGAUCGUGAAAGAGCGAAACGUCGGCCGAGGAAAACAGUACUUGGUCAAAUGGAAGGGAUGGCCGCAUAGCGAGAACACCUGGGAACCAUCACGUCACCUUACCCACGCGAAGAAGGUCCUGAGAGAUUGGCAGAGGAAACAAUCCAACCCAGACACACGCAUUCGCCUCCUGCCAACUCUCGAAGCCGGACAUUGGGAUUACCUCAUCCAUCGCUACAAACCCAAAGACGAGCGCCUUCCAUACCCCCAGUGA